AAGAAUCGUCGAUUCAAUCAGAACAUACGCGAGAACACUCCGAUGUCUCCGGCGUCCCUAGUCGCCGUAGCUCCGUCGCAGUAGGACGAUCUCACCUCACUUUUCGAUUCAACAAAUCGAUGGAAUCAUCCAACGCUAGUGACGAUAGGUUUUCGAAUCUAACCGCAAACGCAAACGCAAACGCCACGACCUCAUCUUUCACCUUCAGUACCCCUUCCGUUUCCGACUUUUCCAGGCCCAGAUUCGUCAAGGUUCGAAAGCAAAACAAUGCUCCCGCUUUCAAUCCAUUUCGCGAUGAUGGUGGUGGUGGUGGUGCUGCAAAUGCCACAUUUGAUUUCGGUUCAAAUUUGGAGAGGGGAAUCGGUGAUCAAUUGAGGAAUCUCAAAAUUGGGAAUGUGAAAAAUGAGGGUUUCAGCGCAUUUGCAUGUGGUGGUUAUGAGAAGAGUUCUUCCCGUGUUGGGGAAAACUUGGUCUCGAAGCUUCCCGAAGAGAUGACGAAGUUGAAGAUUGUAACCGAAGAAGGUACAGGUUUUAAUGCUUGUGUUGAAUCGGAACUCCAGAAUGAGUUGAAAAAGAAAUUGAGCAUUCAAGAAACUCAGCAGAUUGGAGGAGGUAGCAAUGCAGCUUCUGAGAGCUCAACAAAUGAAGUUAUCUACCAAAUGAAGAAUGUGAAUGUGAAUGUGAAUGAUGACUCUUUUGGUGCUAUUGAUAAUAAUGUUCACAAGAGUGAAGUUGAUGUAAUGAGAUUUGGAAAAUGUGAAACGGGGACAGAGGCAAUUUUGUUGAGGGAAAUGGACAAGUUAAACCUUGGUAGGGAGAAGAAGGACCACUCUGUAGAACCAAAUUUGUGUAACCCUUUUGUGGAGGGUAUCCACCAAAGAGAUGCAAGUGGUGGUGGUGGUGGUCAUGUUGCUUCAGAAAAACUCAAGGAAGAUAUUGGAAUGUCCCAAACUGCUGCAUCAGCAUCAUCCUCUGGGUUCUUAUCAGGUGGCAUAAGUUUUCAACCUGUUGGAGUUACCAAGAGAGAUGAAUUUGUCUUUAAGGGGAAACAAGAUACUUCAGGCUCAUCUUUUGUUGAGUUUAAAACACCUGCACCAAAAACUAGGAAAGAAGGAAAACCGAAGGAAAAAUGUAGCAACUCGAGAACGAAUAUAAGUGGAGCAAAACUGAAGCAUUAUACCUCAGCCCAGCCUUGGCAUGGACAGGGUUUUGUUUUUAAGGAAAGUGUUUCCCAAGAAGAUCCGCAGAGUUCUUUAGAGACUUAUUCACCAAUGGACGUGUCUCCAUAUCAGGAAAAACUGGCUGAAAAUCAAAGGUCAAGGGAAAAUUCUGUGACAUCCAAUGAGUCAUUCAGUGUUGAUAACAAGUCUAUAGCUAAUGAUUCAGUACCAACAACUUCUGUUGAUCCCAUUGAUGAAGAUCUAAUUGCGGCCACAGAGUGCUUGACCAUAAAUGGUGGUGAUGUUGCAUGCAGAGAAACAGAGGAGGAAACUUCAAAUUCAGAGUAUCCUACCCGUGAAAAUAUUUGUGUUGAAGACUCAAAGGAGGACUCUAUUUCUGGGGUUGAAACUGAAAGCUUCAAGUCUGCCAAUGAUGAAGUGGACAUAACAAGUGAUGCGGCUGGUACAUCAGCAGAAACUGAAGCCCGUGAUAGUGAUGGAAUGUUGCAUCUUGGUAGUGCUUUGAGUUCAAGAAAUGUAAGUGGGUCUGCCUUCACAUUUGCUGCUUCUACCUCGGUUGAAGCUCAAUCUUCUAGCCCGAAACGCCAUAACAAAAAGAAAAAUUGGGUAAAUACUGGUCAUGAUUCUUACAACUACCCUCCAAACACAAAGGUUCCUUAUUCAUCAUCACCUGUGGUGUUUUCUCCAUCUUCUGGAACUUCAUCUCUUUUCACAUCAGGGCAAGGUCUAAAAGCCAAAUUACCUUCUCCUCAACCCAAAACAAGGGAUUGUGAUGUGAAUGAGGAUCAGGGUAUGAAGGAGGCUUCUUUUUCUAUUUCUGCUGCAACCAUUGCUGCUCAGGAAGCAGCCUGUGAAAAAUGGCGGCUCCGAGGAAACCAAGCCUACAAAAAUGGGGAUUUGUCUAUGGCUGAGAAUUGUUACAAACAAGGACUUAGUUGUGUAUCUAAAGAAGAAGCAUCUCAGAGCUGUCUCAGGGCUUUGCUGCUAUGUUAUAGUAACCUUGCUGCCACACGCAUGUCUCUUGGUAGGAUGAGGGAUGCACUAGAAGAUUGUUUGAUUGCUGCUGAAAUAGAUCAAAAUUUCCUCAAGGUGCAACUUAGAGCUGCAAAUUGUUACCUUGCUCUGGGGGAAGUUGGAGGUGCAUCACAAUAUUUCAAAAGGUGCUUGCAAUCAGGAACUGACAUUUGUGUAGAUCGAAAAAGUGCUGUGGAAGCCUCUGAUGGCUUACAAAAGGCACAGAAAGUAUCAGAUUUCAUCAAUCAUUCUGCUGAGCUUUUGCAAAGAAGAACAUCCUCUGAUGCAGAGAAGGCAUUAGAUCAUAUUAAUGAGGCAUUGGUGAUAAGUUCAUACUCCGAAAAAUUGCUUGAAAUGAAAGUAGAGGCUCUUUUAAUGCUGUGUAGAUAUGAGGAGGUGAUUCAGCUGUGUGACAAGACCCUUGGUUCUGCUGAGAAGAAUGCUUGUCCAUUGGAUGCUAGUUGCCAAGUCACAGAUCUGAAUAAUUCACAACUCUCGAAAGGCUUCUACUUCAGACUAUGGCGGUGCUCAAUGAUGCUUAAAGCCUACUUUCACCUAGGAAAGCUUGAAGAAGGUCUUUCUUUGCUGGAGCAACAAGAGGAAAAGUUGUCUUCCAUAAACAAGAGUGGAAGAAAGGUUUUGGAUUCACUUAUACCACUAGCUGCCACCGUACGUGAGCUCUUGCAUCAUAAGAUUGCAGGGAAUGAAGCAUUUCAGGCUGGAAGACAUGCAGAAGCUGUUGAACAUUAUACAUCUGCUUUAUCAUGUAAUGUGGAGUCUCGUGCAUUUGCAGCUGUCUGUUAUUGUAAUCGUGCCGCUGCAUAUAAAGUAUUAGGUCAAAUAACCGAAGCUAUUGCAGACUGCAGUCUGGCUAUAGCUCUUGAUGGAAAUUAUAUGAAGGCACUUUCUAGACGUGCAACUCUGUAUGAGAUGAUCAGAGAUUAUGCCCAAGCAGCCAGUGAUCUUGCGAGACUUGUCUCUCUUCUCAGUAAGGAGGUGGAUAAUGCCAAUCAGCUUGGAAUAUCUGAUAGAUCAAUUAAUUAUACUAAUGAUUUGAAACAGAAUCGUGUUCGGUUUUCUGAAAUAGAGGAGGAAGCCAGAAAGGAGAUCCCUCUCGAUAUGUACCUCAUUUUGGGAGUUGAACCGUCUGUUUCAACAUCUGAAAUCAAGAAGGCCUAUCGGAAAGCUGCACUUAGACAUCAUCCGGAUAAGGCUGGCCAGUCUUUGACAAGAAGUGACAAUGGAGAUGAUCGGACAUGGAAGGUGAUUGCUGAAGAAGUACAUAGAGAUGCUGAUAGGCUUUUCAAAAUAAUUGGGGAGGCAUAUGCUGUCCUGUCAGAUCCUGCCAAGCGUGCACGAUAUGAUGCAGAAGAAGAAAUGAGGAAUUCCCAAAAGAAACGCCAUGGAUUUAUGGCUAGGAAUAAUGUGGAUACACAGUAUUACCCAUCUGAACAAAGCAACAGGAGACAGUGGAGAGAGGAUUGGAGAUCAUAUGGUAGUAAUCUAUCUUCUCGAGGUUCUGAACCUGGGCGAUCAAGUAGGAAAUAGGAAAAUCUGUGUGGAAUGUUAAUUCAGCUAGGAUUUGGAUUGCAGUUUGACUCAUCGAGUGUGGGCUAGUUUUUUUUUUUUUAGUUUCCCAACCGGUUCAUCUUUCGGAUUACAUCCGGUUCAAGCACUUGUCGGAUUCUAUCAAAGGGGAAAGCUCUCCCAAAUCUUUUUUAUUUAUUUCCAGGGCUCGAACUCGAAACUUCUAGUUAAGGAGUCCAGACUCCUUACCAUCUAUGUCAAGGGUGUUUGAUGAAUGUGGGCUAGUUAGGUGUUGCUUUUGGCCUGCCGAAUUUAUGCAUUAUGGUUAGUUCGGUGAUGCAUUUAUUCAGAUGUUAUGUGGCUUCAAUCUUUUGGGUUAGAAGAGGUCCAGUAGGUAUACAAGUCUUCAAUCGAUGACAUAGCAGUUGGAGAAGCUGGGCUGGUCAAUGCUUCGGGAAAUAGAAAAAUUCUCUUGUCAAGAGAAAGACAACCCGGUUGCAUGCUAUAAGCAUAUUGUCUUUUUUACCCUGAUUAUGAAUUUGAGCAAGGAGUUGGUAUUUUAGCUUGGCUGAUAACCAAAACAUGAAAAGGAAGCUUGAAAAUUUUGAAAUAGGGUUAAGUGAGAGAUCUGAUUUUUUGAGAUAUGUAAAUUUUAUAGACACUUAUCAGAAAGUUAAUAUUGAGAUGUACAGACGAAAUUAAAUUGUAAUGCCACUUCAAAGAUUGUAAUUACCACAACACCAGUUCCAGUUGGGCCUUAUUCAGGAAGGCGGUC